UUGUCCUGAACAUAACUUGCGCUCGAGUAUCGCAUAGACGAUCCGUCACGUGGUUCGUAUAGACACUUAUAGGUUAUAGCUAUACUUGUCAUUCUCAUGAAGCGUGUGGGGCGCUGCGACGUUGAACUGCCUCCACGGCCCUAUACCCACGUUACAAAGCCCAUUAAGAUCCUUUACGCGGUCACACAUUGUUCUCCGGUAUCAGAAUUGGUCCACCACGCAUACGUCACCACCUUUAAUUAUACAUUGUCUCUAAGAUCGCGGCCAAGUUUGAGGCGCCGUAAUGCCGUCCACACAAACAGUCAGUAAAAGCCAAAGGAACCCUCACUUUAAAGAAGGUUGCUAUACUGCCCAUUGGAUAAAUAAUAAAUCCGCCACUGGCGAGACGCGUUUUACGCGGAGGUUGUAGAUUUGUUUAGGAAAACAGGGGCAUGCCUUAUAAAACUGUAUCCGUCGCAUGCGACAUGAAAGAGAGAGAGAGAGAGCGAGAGAGACAACUUUAUUUCGAUCGGACGCGGGAAGGAGAAAGAUCCCGAGGCUGGGUGGAGCCUUCAGUCCAGGACACCAUGCAGCGGUGGCAGCACUUCCGGCUCCGGCGAUCAGCUUUCGCCGGCCGUCCAAUGCCGAACUGGUCAGCAACGCCUCCCACUGCUCGUUCGUUGGGUAAGAUCGAAUUUGCAAUAGAAAUAGGAGUCAAUUUUAAGUCAUGUGAUUCGUUUCCACAACCGCCGCCGACGAUGCUUUCCUGUCACCCGCCGCAAAAAUUCGUUCAGUUGGUCGUCACCAUCGUCACGGCCGCAAAACAAUAUGUUCAGCGAGUCAAAAUGCAACAAAUACAACUGCGCACGCGCAUAGUCUAAGCCUUUCAAGGUGGAAGGCCAGGCGAUCCUCAUCGACGUUGAAGCCCCGAAUGGAUGCCUGAUAGGAAUGCGAAGGUGGGAGAAGUAUUGGGCGGGGUGCACGCAGUCUGGAAAACAGAGGAAAGAAAGAAUGGCACGAAAUGAUUCCCGCGAGCCUCUCGGUCAGCCGCCGGGCCAUCGACAUCGCGGCCGCACAGGCGAUGGCGUCGGCCGGCAGUGCGAGCCCAAUGCGGACCCAGCUGAGCACCGCGUCGCCCGCGACGCCGGGCACACCGACGACGGGGCGGCCCUUCUGCACCCUGACCGACUUCGGGCUGAAGCUGGUGUCGUACGCGCUGCAGGAGUCCCAGGAUGCCAACGUGUGCCUGUCGCCGUUCGGCGUGGCCGUCGCCCUGGGAAUGGCCAUCGUGGGCAGCGGCGACGCCACCACCGCGCAGGUGGUGCACGCCCUGGGCGCCGUCGACUCCAACAACAUGUACCGCACCUGCGAGAGGAUACUGUCCAUGCUUAACGGCGCCAUGCCCAACACAAAGGUGUCGCUGGGCAGCAGGAUAUACGUGUCCAAGGAAAUACCGGUGCUGCCAGAGUUCAGGGAGACGCUGGUGGAGACCUUCUCGUGCGACCUGGGCCGGCUCAACUUCAAGGACAACCCGCAGGCGGCCGCCCAGGAGAUCAACGCUUGGGCCGCCCAGGCAACCGAGGGCAACCUGACGCAACUGAUGCGAGAAGGCGACGUGACGGCGAGCACUCGACUCUUGCUGGUCAGCGCCAUCUACUUUCGGGGUGUCUGGAGCGAGCCCUUCUACGGACCCAUCAAGGCGCCUUUCUACGUCAACAACAGGGAGACGGCACAAGUGGACACGAUGGAGUCGUGUCGCACGGCUCUCUACUGCCGCAGCACGCACAUCCCGUGCGAGGCGCUCGAACUGUCCUACGUCUGCCGCUCGCUGAGCCUGCUCCUGAUCCUGCCCGACCGGCACGUUCCGCUGGGCAAGCUGGUGGCCGCGCUCAACUACAGCACCGUGCGCCGCCUGCUCAAGGACCUCAAACCGGUGACGUCGAUGGCCGUGUGGAUUCCGCGCUUCCGGCUGCAGAAGUCGUACGAGAUGGUGCCGGCGCUGAAGGCGCUCGGCAUCACCAACCUGUUCGACGACCACAUCGUCGACCUGAGCCGCAUGACGGGCGCACGCACGGGCCUCUGCGUCGACAACUUCAUCCACGAGGCGCUGUUCGACACCACCGAAGAAGGGGUGGGCGAAGUGACCCGGCCGCCGAACCCGCUCGAUGCCUCCACGAUCGCGUUCCGUGCCAACAGGCCGUUUCUGUACGUGCUGCUGCACCACUACAACCACUCCGUCGUCUACAUGGGCGCCGUCUGCAGACCGUGAACGCCUCCCUAGUCCCGCUGGGCUCAUCUGACGAAUGAACAAGAUUUCCAGGAACUCUAAUUUUUUUCUAAUUAUCCGCGGAUAUUGUAUGACCGUCUCGCAGCUGUUCGAGUUGUCCAUAUAGUGCAGAGUCAAACUAGUGUGAGCUCAUGUUCGCAACAAUAUUCCUGGGCCGAUUCGGAGCGAACGUUGAUAAAUUUUCUAGAACAGGUUGCCAUGCCUUGCCUGCAGCUGAAUAAAAUUUACUCAUAAACCAGG